UUAAUGUAAUUUUGUAAAGAAGUACGAGGGAGUGAAGGAUAUAUAUAAAAAUGGAGUGUUAUUUUUCAAUUUAAGUUUAUUUAAAGUAAAUUUAUAUAAAAUUUGGCUUUUUAACUAAGUUUAUUAAUUAUAAAAUAUUAAUUAUAUUGACAUUCUUAUGUUUAAAGUGUUAAACAGUGUUGUAUUGAAAAUUAUUAUUUAAGAAAAAAAAAGUGGUGCGGUUACGGGCUUGGAUCUCAAAAACUCUUAAAUUUUUGAAAAACAAAAAAAAAAUUGAGAAUAUAUAAAAAUAUAGUUGUUAAUUUUAGAGUAUUUUUUUAAAAUGGCUAACGUGAUCGAAGAUCCUGUAAGUAAUAAGGAUUCAUCUGAAGAAUUAAGUGAUGCAAGCAAUAUAAAUAAUAGUUCCUCAAAUAUUUCUAAUACGAAGGAUAGCAUGAUUCUAAACGAUAACAUAAAUGAAAAUGGUGUGGAACCAAAUGAAAAGUUUACUGAAGAGGAAUCGAAAGUUUUAGAAAAUUCCAACAAUGAAAAUACAGUUCUAGGUAGUAUAAAUACUCAAUUAGAAUUUGGUUUGCCUGAUAAACCUGAACAAAAGGAAGAAAAUAGUGAAAACUCAAUUAGCGUGAACCAAGUUGUAGAGACAAAUAAAGAUUGUGAUUCAAAUAAUUGCGAAACAAGUAAAAUAACAGAAACUUCAAAUGCCGAUGAAAACCUUGGAGACAAUGAAUUGAAAUCUCAAAACGAUAAUAGUACACCAUUUAAUGAUGAUAAUAAAGUAGGAUCUGAAAGUAAUAGUGCUGAAGAACCAAUUUCUUCAAAUGAAAAUCAUCAAAAUGGGAAAUGUGAUGAUGAAGGUUUGUCAAAGAGCGAAUUUGUUGAGUUAAAACAAAACGAUUUGCCAAUCGAAGAAAAAGCAUUAGAGGAAGCUUCAAAAAUCGAUAAACAAACCUCUAAUAAAGAAUCAGGCAAAGAAGGUAAUUCAGACAAUGCUGUAACUGUUAUAGAUUCUGACGAUGAUGAAGAUCCUUUAAAAGGAAUACCAGGAGAAGCUGAAUAUAAAAUGAGCAACGUUGUAGUACCUAAAACGCUGGAGUGUAACACUUAUGUAAUACAAUCAGAUUCAGAUUCUGAGGAACAAGUUUCCAAUAAUCAAAACGAAAAGACAUCUAAAGUGCAGCAGAAUAAUAAUGAUGAUGAUGAUGAUGACGUUGUUUUAAUUGAAGAUGAUUAUGACAAGCCAAAUGUGACACCAAAUUUAAAAUCAAAGCUUAAUGAAGACAUAUCGGAACUAGAUGAAGAUUUACAACCUCCCCAUAAAAGAUCGAAAAUGAUAUCAAUUACUGAUCCAAUUUCUUUAUCUGGAUCAUCACCAGUCGGAAAAUUAACCAUUAAAGAUGCAAGAUCUCUUUCUGAAAUGAAAGUUUUAAACUCUUUUCAAUCUUAUUUGCCAAAUAGUGGAAUGAUUACGUCGUCAUCGAAUUCAUUUGCAAAUAAAGUUGGAAAACCAGGGCCUUAUCCUAUUGCCAUAAGUCCGAACGUGGCAUCGUCAGGCCAAUUCAAUCAAUUGCCGAAAAUUGGACCGGCUUCUGCUGUAGCACAUUCAGGAACUGCACCUAUAUUAGGAACUAACCCAAAUUUGCUUCCUGCUUUGACAGACGAUAUGUUUGUUUUGGAAGCGCCUUCAUUUAUUGUACCUUACAUAUAUGAAAAACCUCCAGUUACGAACUUAAAGGAUACUCUCGUAAAAAUAAAAACGGAGAGCAAUAUGCCAGAAAAAACUGUGACUGAUGAAACAGCGUCAGAGCUUGAAAAAUUAGCGCAAAUUAAAGGUGAUAAUUUAGAAAAUACGGGAACUAAAUCUAGUAAACCUAAAAGGAAAGCUAAAAAUCAGUCAGGGGACGAUUCAUGGGAUGAAUCAGAUGACACUGACGAUGAUGAUUCUGGUAGCGAAAGUAGAACUAAAGUUCUCAUAAAAGAUGCUGAAACUGAUAUAAACUUAAUUAAGCAAGUUAUUGCUCCUCCAGAAAAAAUUAUAGCACCAACAGCUGACGUAGAGAAAAAGAGCGAUUUAUAUUUUGAAAGUCCUCUUGGUAGAUUUUUUAUUGACAUUGGGAUAGAUCUUGUUCAAGAGUACGUACAAGCAGAUUUGUUGAAAAUACAAAAGCGAAAGUUACGCAAAGUAGUAGAAAGUAAAGAAUUAAAUGAAGUAGAAAUUUCUAUUACAGCUCUUAGUAAAAACUUGGAAGCUAGUCGAAAAAGGAACGCUCAAUUUCAUUUUGAUUUAAAACGUUGUGAGUUCUGUAACUUUAAAACGGAAUCUGCAUUAUCAAUGGCUCACCAUUAUGAAACACCUCACAUGGAAAAAAAUAUGUAUAAAUGUAAUUUCUGUUCAUAUGAAGUUAGACAAACACAGGACAUUCUUUUCCAUAUGGAAGCCGUUCAUAAUAUUAAGGGUCGUUUGGAAAAAGCGCUUUCCUAUCAUCAGUGUCCUAACUGCCCGUUUGAAGAUAAUGGAAGAUCUAAGAUAGCACGUCAUCAACCAGUGUGUAUUAAGAAAUUCCGUCCUGAAGUGAACUUGUGUCCUCCUAAUGACUGGGAGGCUCCAGCAAAAAUUCCCAAAAUCAAACCAAAACAUGGUUUGGUAGGAACAGCUACUGCGUACCAAGCAAUGGCUGCUCAAGCUGCUGCUCAGAAAGCAGCUCUAGCUACAUUACAACAACAACAGCAAGCUGCUCGCAAUUUACUUGUGUCUAAUAACUCAAAUAGAAGCAGAAAACCUCAACCACAAAAAAUUCCUCCCGUUCGACCAGCUCAAUCGCAUGUUGUGCCAAGGCCCUUGCCUAUGCCAAUGGCAGCUCCACGACAAUCGUUGCCUCAAGGAACAGUUUUGGCUAAUACGUAUAAUAUUGUAAAAAAUAAUCCUUUGGUACAGGCCCAAAACCAAAAAAGAAUUCCUGGUCAACCAAGUAUUUCAAUCACACCUUUACCUCGCCAAGUAUCAGCCUCUAAUCCUUCAGUAUCACAAAUCAAUCCUACAAAUAUUCCAAAGAACGCUAUUAAAUCUGGGCCACCUGGAAACAAAUCGUCAUUUGUUAUUUGCGAAAUCUGCGAUGGAUACAUAAAAGAUUUGGAACAAUUGAGGAAUCAUAUGCAAUGGAUGCAUAAAGUUAAAAUACAUCCCAAAAUGAUCUUUAACAGACCGCCAUUAAAUUGUCAAAAAUGUCAGUUUAGAUUUUUUACUGACCAAGGUUUGGAACGACAUCUUUUGGGAUCUCAUGGUUUAGUAACAAGUUCAAUGCAAGAUGCGGCCAAUAAGGGAAAAGAUGCAGGACGAUGUCCAGUAUGCGGGAGGGUAUAUCAAUGGAAACUUUUGAACCAUGUAUCUCGUGAUCAUAACAUGACAUUAAAGCCUGCUCAUUUAUCAUACAAAUGUACGGUUUGCACAGCAACAUUUGGAAUGUAUAAAGAAUUUGAAAAUCAUGUGUACACUGCGCACAGUACUGUAGCAAAAAAAUCCAUUGACAUGAAAAAAGGCAACACUAGUAAUAGUAACAAUAGUAUAAAUACCCAAAGGCCAUCUGGCUCAACAUGUAAUGAUUCUUUAUUAAGACCACUAAGAAUUAAUGACGAAAUAACAAUAAUUCCACAAGGAGCUACGAAAAAACUUUAGGAAGGAAAUGCUAAUUUUUAUAUGAAGUACGAAAAAAUAUGUUAAAAUUUUGAGAAUAUAAGAUAUAUGAUAAGAUAAA